CACUCUCUCUCUCUCUCUCUGGUCUCAGCUCUGAGUUGUUGCGCUGUGGGCUGUGGCUGGUGGUCGGUCGGGGUCGGGGAUCAAACGGUCCCAGAGAUAAGCCCGCCCGGAUAAGCCACUGGACUCGCCGCCGAUGCCGCUGCUCCUCCUGCUCCCGCUCCUCGCCGCUGCCGCCGUGGCAUCACCACUCGCCGGCGGCGCUGCUGCCCCGACCCCGAUCCCGACGCCGUGGCCGGACCAGUUCCACGCGGUAGUCCUCACCAACCUGACGGAGAGCGGCGGCCGGCUGCAGCUGAUCGACCUCUACUACGACUGGCCCGGCGGCCGCAACCUCAACCUCAUCCGCGGCCAGCUCUCCGGCGACCCCACCUACGACGUCGAGUGGACCAACGGCACCUCCUUCUUCUUCGACUCCGCCUCCUGCCGCACCAAGCUGUUCCCCGUCGGCCUCCUGCCGCCCGACUGGCUCGUCGACGGCGCCGUCUACCUCGGCCGCCACGCCGUCGGCGGCUUCGACUGCCACGUCUGGACCAAGGUCGAUUUCGUCUGGUACUAUGAGGAUGUCGUCACCCACCGCCCUGUCCGCUGGAACUUCUUCAAUGGGAUGCAGCAGCAUGUGAUGAGCUUUGAGGUGGGUGGAGUUCUUAAGGACUCCAAGUGGCAGGCGCCGGCCCGCUGCUUCAGUGAUCAGGAGACCGUCGGAAUCGCUGGUGCCGCUACCGCCACCGGCAGGUUACAAGGUGAGGAUGCCAAGUUUGAUGUAAUGAGCAGCUUCCUCAGGUUUGUAGGAGCUCCAGCACAAGCCGUAGCUGCAGAAUGAACAUUACAGAUCCUUGACGAGAAUGUCACCAUCGGUGGCCUGCUCCACUCUUUUUUCUUCUUGGAUCCUGCUGUGAUUUGUAAACAUACGGUUCUGGAUUUCGGCAAUAAGAUGGCUAUGCGGUGAUUCUUAAACUUCUUUGAGUUUGACCCGCGCCAUAUUAUAAACUAUUUUAGAUUUGUCCUAAAUCAAACUUCUUUGAGUUUGAUCAAGUUUAUGGAAAAAUAUAGCAAUAUCUACAAGACUACUACAACAAAUUAGUUUCAA